AAGGGUUAAGGAACCAACCAUCUGAAACACACACACACACACACAUACACAGACACAAAACCUGUGCCAGAUUAGAGGACCGAUAGGAAACCUCUAUUUUUCUCUGACUUGUUCACUGGCUUUCUGAAAACAUUCCACACAGUCACCGAAAGACUGCAUGAAGCAAAGUUUCUGAAAACAUUUCGAAAUCGAAAAUGGUGGUCACUGCAAAUUCAACCAUCGAAUCCAAUUUUUCAAGCUUUGAAAGGAAUAUAAACAACACCACCUCAAAUGACUCUGCAUUCAGUGUCAAUGCGGACCUGGUUAUCCGCUUUGUGUUAAUUGUUAUUCUUUUUAUCACCAUGGUGUCUCUUGGAUGCACAAUGGAAAUCUCAAAAAUCAAAAGUUAUCUCAUCAAACCCAAAGGGGUGGCAAUUGCAGUUGGGGCUCAAUAUGGUAUAAUGCCCCUCACAGCCUUCUGCUUUGCAAAGCUGUUUCAGUUGGGUCCUAUGGAGAGCAUAUCAGUGUUAAUUUGUGGGUGCUGUCCGGGAGGAAGCCUCUCCAACAUCUUUGCUCUGGCUCUCCAGGGAGACAUAAACCUCAGUAUUGUGAUGACUGCUUGUUCCACGGCACUGGGAUUGGGUAUGAUGCCACUCCUGCUCUUCCUCUACAGCCAGGGUUUCUCAAACCUGGCACAGUUUGUUCCUUUCACUUACAUCAUUUUUUCCCUGAUUAUGAUCCUGGUGCCCUGCGGUAUUGGGAUCUUGAUCAACUACCGAGUGCCCCAGUAUUCUAAGAUCAUCACCAAGGUUGGGUUAUCGCUCCUGCUGGUCUCAUGUGUUGUCAUUGGGGUUCUUGCUGGUUUAUCUGAUGGAGGAAAGAUUUUCACAGUGCUGUCUCCUCAACUUAUAGCCACAGCCGCAUUGAUGCCAUUGACUGGAUUCAUAUGUGGAUAUAUCCUGUCCACUCUGUUCAGGAUGAAUGCACCUUGCAGACGGACUGUUUCUAUGGAGGUGGGUUGCCAGAACAUCCAGCUGUGUACCACAAUCCUGAAGGUGGCCUUUUCUGCUGAUCUCAUUGGUCAGCUGUAUUUCUUCCCGGUCAUCUACAUUGUGUUCCAGAUAGUCGAGGCCCUUAUCUUCAUAGUCCUGUUCAGAUGCUAUAAGAGACUGAGACCAUCCCAACAAGAAAUUAAAGAGUACAGAGCAGUGGAAAGAGCAGCUGAAGAAACUAAUGGUCCCUCUAACAGUGAUAUCUGAGGACCCCAUAGUGCUUAGAAAGCUCAAAAUGGACUCAAGGAGUAUGGGACCAAAGUACCAUGGAUCCUGUGACCAUAGGGAAUGAUUAAUAACACAGGAACAACUAUAUAUUUUGUUGUUCCUCCUUGACAAAAAAUAACAUAUGCAUAAUGCUGAAUAGUCAGUACAGAGUAUAAAAACCUUUAACUGUACUGUACAAAUGUAUUGUUUGAAUAAAGGAAUUAACUUAG